CUUUUACUGCAUCUAACUUUCCAAAUAUAUUCAAAUUACAUACGGAGUACGAAGUAUCUAUUUUUAGGGCUCGGCCAUAGUCGGUAAUCGGUACCACCAGUCCACCAGGGUUCGAUUCCCGUGUUCGGUUUUUCCAGAACUCCAGUGCCGCCGUCCGAUCUGCGUUGCCCGCGUCCUUGCCGGCACAGCGCCACAGCCCACUGCGGCCCUCCAGGUCUCCACUCUCCAGCGACCAGGUUACCAGCCUCUGCCCUCCAGUAGUCUGGUCUCGCUUCCAGGCGCUCUGUCAUAGUCGGACUGCAAAACAAUAUAAGCUGAACGAAAGGGCCCCUUGGAGGAAGUUCCCGAAGUCGCACUGAAGCAGUAAAAGAGGAGGAUGUGCAGCUUAGGGAAGCAUCAAACGGAAAAGUUGCAGCUUUUGACCGAGAAAGAAUCAGCAGCCGAUAAGACUUCACCUACUCCUGGAGUUGAAGUUCUGUUAUUCGAUUAUUCGGUUGAAAAUCACUUCAGAGCUGUUGAAACUGUUUCCAAGCUAUGUGGGGAGCCAGAUAUUGAUGAUUUUACUGAUCAAGCUGACCUCCAACGUUUUGUUUCUUCCAUCACGUUCCUCACAGAGUGGAGACAUUUAAGCUAUAAACCAAGACGAAUAAGGUUUGCAUGUCAAAGUGAGACUGGUAAUGGGAAAUAUGGCAAAGUUGAAGAAACCGUCUUGCCUCAGUUUUCUGCCUCAACUGUUCCUAAGGUUUGACUUUCUUAUUUUGUACGGAUUCCUGUCACAGUCCCACUAACACAUUUAGUUUUAUAUAUUAGUUUAAUAUUUUAUAUACUUUGAGGGUAGAAGACGAAUACUUCAAUGGGAUUAAUCUUUUGCUAUGGUUUGGUUACUUCUAUUUAAGCAGUAGAGUUAGAGUCUCUCAUCAGAAAUAAUUCAUUGGAUUCUGUUUUUCGUAUGAUUUGCUCCAAGUGUCAUAUAGCCUAGAGGCCCAGUUCACUCGUUCUCACUGGAUUCAUAAUUCUAUAUUGGAUAUCCUUAUUUUUCUGGGAGCCUGGAUCGAGGAAAAAGUAAAUUCUACUCAACCCUGGUAUAAUAGGGAUUUGAAUUUUUCUUGAUUUUUAAGUGAGGCAAAACAAUCCUCUGAGCAAUGACUUUGUACUCUAUGUUGGAGGUUCUGUUUGGGGUAUAGACUGGUGCCCGAGAGCAGAUAAGGACUCCGAGUGUCUCUUCCAAAGUGAGUUUGUUGCCAUUGCUGCCCAUCCUCCUCAAUCUUCAUAUCACAAGCUUGGUGCCCCACUCACUGGCAGGGGUGCCGUGCAGAUAUGGUGUUUAUUGAACUACAAACCAACAAAUGUGAAAGGUGAAAUAGUUCAGAUCAAAUCACCUAAUAAUCCAAUAAAGCCAAGAGGAAGACCCAGGAAGAUACCACCAAAUGUGUCACUAGAUGAUAAGCAUGGUGACAAUGAAAAUGUGCAACCUCUGGCUGUUGAAUACCCCAGAGAAACAUCCACACUUCACAACAGGAUCAGUGUGGCUUGUGGAAACAUCAACAAGUUCCAUGAAGAUUCUAGAAGGAAGCAGAAGAUAACUGACCAACUACCAUUGAUAGGUGCAAGUGCUUCAAAACACAGAAGGUUGGAAUGCAGUGCAGUUUGCCAGACCUGUGAUUCGUCCUUGCCCUUGCUAUCAUGGCAUACAAAUGGAAAAUCCCCCUCCAUUCCAAGUUGUCAAGCAUCUACAAGUUGCGCUCUCGUAUCCAUGGAAUCAAGUGGUAAUGAUACAUCUCUCAUGGAGAUUAUUCCAAAGGAUGUUGCUUUGCCCAGAAUGGUGUUAUGUUUGGCUCACAAUGGGAAAGUUGCAUGGGACAUAAAGUGGCGACCAAAUGGGUUUUCUUCAUCCGAAUCCAGGCAGAGAAUGGGGUAUCUUGCUGUUUUGCUUGGAAGUGGAGCUUUAGAAGUGUGGGAAGUCCCUUUUCCUCGUAUAAUAAAACGGCUUUAUUCACCAGACAUGGAGGGUACUGAUCCUCGAUUUGUAAAGUUGGAACCUGUGUUUAGAUGUUCAAAGUUAAAAUGUGGUGACAGGCAAAGGUUUUCUGCUGUUAUUUUCGCAUUCCACAGCAUUCCUUUAACAGUGGAGUGGUCCAUGUCAUCCUCACAUGAUAUGAUUCUAGCUGGAUGUCAUGAUGGAGUGGUUGCCUUGUGGAAGUUUUCUACCACAAACUCUUCUAAAGACACAAGGCCUUUGCUUUGCUUCAGUGCAGAUACAGUUCCCAUCAGGUCACUUGCUUGGGCACCUUUUGAAAGUAGUUCCGAGAGUGAAAAUAUCAUCAUCACCGGUAGUCACAAGGGCUUGAAGUAUUGGGACUUACGUGAUCCAUUCCAGCAUUUGCGGGAAUACAAUCCUGGUCAAGGAGUGGGUGUGUAUAGCUUGGAUUGGUUGCCAUAUGGCCCAUAUCCAAGGUGUAUUCUUGUAGCUUGCGAUGAUGGAACCCUAAGGAUUCAGAGUGUGGUAAAGGCUGCCAAUGACUUCCAUGUGUCCGGAAAACCACUCACCAUAUCUAAACAACACGGAUUUCACACCUAUAUGCGGUCUUCCUAUGCAAUAUGGAGCCUGCAAACUUCAUGGCGAACAGGGGUGGUGGCAUAUUGCGGUGCUGAUGGUACUGCUACCUAUUUCCAGUUAACCAAACAAGCCGAGAGCGACGCUGUCAGAUAUCGAACUCCACAUUUUCUUUGUGGAUCAUUUGCGGAGGAAGAAUCUGCCAUCACAGUAAUCUCACCAACGCCUAAUACCCCAUUCCGAAUGAUGAAGACAAACAAGUGGACAGAUUUGUUGCGAACCACACGCAUUUCUGCAUCAGGACAACCCAAUCAAGAGAAAACAACAAAGGGGGAUCAAUUGAGAAGCCCCCCUUCAUCAGAUAAACAACUAGUUCUGUAUUCUGAGGAUGGAUCUGAUGAUCAAGUACUGGAUCACAAGAACAAACAGGCGCCUAAAUUAAAAGCAGACAACAGUAAUGAAACAAAAGCUGCUCAACCACCACCCUCCAGUAGCCAAGUAGAUGGAUAUGAACUGCCUCCCAAGAGUGUAGCAAUCCACAGGGUGCGAUGGAAUAUGAACAAAGGCAGUGAGAAGUGGCUAUGCUAUGGAGGAUCAGCCGGAAUUGUUCGCUGCCAGUGGAUCGACACUCCCACUUACUACUGAUCACAUGCUCAUAAAUACCAUGUAAUCAUAUCUUAUUCAUUAAGUAAACAAUGUACAUAUGCAUCAUAUCAUUAAUAAAAUAAUUUUUUCCCC